AUGGCAUACAGCGGGCGCAUGAGCAUGGCGCCGCGAGGCUCCCAACAACCAUCCAGUCAGCCUCGGGCACGCAAAGAGGACAACGAAGAUGCCUUUAUGACGCUGCCCGAUCGCGAGAUUGCAGGAUGUAUCAGCGACAUUGGCAUCCCAUUUACCAUCCAAGACCUGCAAAAGCCCAAUCCACAGCAGAUCCAAAAAGUCUUUGAAUGGCUGGCCGAGCUGUUGAUGAACACAACGCGCGAAGUCGUCGCGCCUGCCAUGAAGGCCGCCGCCGAUGAUCUGUGCCCCGACGACCCAGAGAGGAUCUUUACCGCCGACACUCGCGACCUCAUGGGCUUCUUCGUCACACUGCGCCGCCUGCUGCUCGAGUGCGGCAUCAAAGACUUUACCUUCCAGGAUCUGUACAAGCCGACACACGCCCGUCUGGUCAAGAUCUUCUCCUAUGUCAUCAACUUUAUUCGUUUCCGCGAGUCGCAGACUUCGGUCAUCGAUGAGUACUUCAACAGCACCGAGCGCACCAAGGCCCAAAUCGAAGACCUGUACAACUCGAACCAAGAAAAGGAAGAGAUGCUGCAGGAAAUGCAGCGUAACAGAAAGAAUGUCGAACAAGCCAUGCGUGACAAGGAGAAGAAGAACAGCGAGCUCAAGGCCCGUCUGCUCGAGCUCAAAAAGGGCCAGGAAAAGGUGGCCGAGAAGCUGGACCGCGUCAAGUCCGAGCAGACCAGACUCAAGCAGGCUCUCGAGGACAAGCAGACCCAAGCCAUCAACGUGCGAAAAGAAGCAGACAAACUGCGCCCCUACACCCAACAAAGUCCUGCAGCCCUCGAGACUGCCCUACGCGACCUCAAUGCAAGCCUCACAGCCGACAAAUCCGAGAUCGAUCGUCUUGACCGCCGCACACGCGCCCUCCAAACCAGCACCGACACAUUCACCCUCCUCCACGGCGACGUGACAGGUCUCGGCCGCCUACUCGAAGACCUACAAACCGAACUGAAAAAAGAAGACGAAGAAGCCUCACGAGCAAACAAGCACCGCGACGCCCUCUCGGAGCGCUCUAACAACGUGCGCGAGAUUGAGCGUCAAGAACGUAUGCUCAGCAAACAACUCGUCAACAUCCAAGAACGCACCACAAACCUACGAAACGGUGCGGGCGCCAAAGCAGAAGAGGCAAAGAGACGCAUGGAAUCGCUGAAGCAAACACACUCGGAGUUGGGUGAAGAGAGGCGUAAGCGCGGUGAAGAGGUUGAGAGAAGACGCAUCAGAAUUGAGCAGACGGAGAAGAAGAUGGCGGAUUUGAAGGAGAACAUUGAUGCCGAGGUGCAGAGUGCGAGGGAGGAGUAUUUGAAGAUGGAGUCGCACAUCAAGCUCUACAUUACUGAGAUGGAGCAGAGCUUGGUUUGA